AGCCCGGGGACGCCUGGCCUCGCCCGUUCCGCUCCGCUCGCCCCUCGCCUCCUGCGCGCAGGCAUGGCUCCAAGCACCGUGGCGGUGGAGAUGCUCAGUCCCAAGGAGAAAAACCGACUGCGCAAGCCGGUAGUGGAGAAGAUGCGCCGGGACCGCAUCAACAGCAGCAUCGAGCAGCUGAAGCUGCUGCUGGAGCAGGAGUUCGCCAGGCACCAGCCCAACUCCAAGCUGGAGAAGGCCGACAUCCUGGAAAUGGCGGUCAGCUACCUGAAGCACAGCAAAGCCUUCGCCGCGGCCACCAGCCCCAAGAGCCUGCACCAGGACUACAGCGAGGGCUACUCGUGGUGCCUGCAGGAGGCUGUGCAGUUCCUGACCCUGCACGCCGCCAGCGACACGCAGAUGAAGCUGCUGUACCACUUUCAGCGGCCGCCAGCGCCCGCCGCACCUGCUAAGGAGACCCCCGCACCGGGUGCCGCGCCCCUACCCGCGCGCUCCUCCACCAAGACGGCCGCCACCGCUGCCGCCACUCGCCAACCCGCCUGUGGCCUCUGGCGGCCCUGGUGACCACGCGACCAGGGAGCACCUGGAGCGGACCAGAGGGCCAGCCCGUUCCUCUUGUGUGUAGGGAAGACCUUCCCAGCCUCAGUCCAGCCCCAGGUUGGAUGCACCCUUCUCCGGAAGGCUCCCUCCCCAGGCUGGCGGGCCAGCAGGAGGAGGGUCAUUCUUAGAGAAUGUGUGUGCAGAGUUGUCAUUUGGGGAUAAUCAGGGCCCACUUUCUGCCACGUGUCUGACCCCGUCGGGUUGUUUUGUGUUUGCAUUUCAGCAAGUGACUUCUGGGAAGUCCCCGGCCACCCGGGGUUCUAUGAUAUUUGUAGAGUCAGGGGCUGGCUUGCCUGUGCCCCGGCCUGUAGAGGACUUUCUUCAGGGCCCGUUGCUGCUGGGCAAGCACCCCGCAGGCGGGCUGUGCCGUGGGCACACUUGCCUUUUGUGAAGGCGGAACUUUGUGUGUAUCCUCAUAGGAAAAUUCUCAGCCUGCGUGGACAUGAGGACCAUGGGUCUCUGCCCAAAGGUCCACGUGGACUUGAUUGUCUGAUGGACGCUCAUAGUGGGCUAUCUGGGGUGGGUGGGGUCUCCACUAUGAUCCUUAAAGGAUUCUUCUGUGUGGGUGGGUGCAUGUGGGCACGAUUUUUGUACUUAGAAUUUAAGCUCUUUGCCCCGUGGGAGACCACGGAUUGCUUUGAAGGCUUCUAAUAAAAUGUCAAGCCCUUCG